UCCAAGUACUAAUUGGACAUACUUUUCCAUUGCAGGUCAGACACAUUCUAUGUGAAAAACAUGGCAAAAUCAUGGAAGCCAUGGAAAAGUUAAAGUCUGGAAUGAGAUUCAGUGAAGUGGCCUCACAAUAUAGUGAAGAUAAAGCCAGGCAAGGGGGUGACUUGGGUUGGAUGACCAGAGGGUCCAUGGUGGGACCAUUUCAAGAAGCAGCAUUUGCCUUGCCUGUAAGUGGAAUGGAAAAGCCUGUGUUUACGGACCCACCAGUUAAAACAAAAUUUGGAUAUCAUAUUAUUAUGGUUGAAGGGAGAAAAUAAAAUCCUAUGAAAGACU